AUGGCUGGCAACUACGUCGCCAAGAACGUGCCGUGGGUCCGGGAGUUCCUGCGCCGAUGGGCCUACCUCCGCAGCCACAAGCCGCCUGGCUUCAGCUCUGCAGACAACGGUGCGCUUCAUGUGAUGCUGGUCAACAUCUUGGAGCUUCAAGGCGCUGAGCAAGUCAACGAGCUGUAUGGCAACCUCACAGCCACAGUGGACAACCUCGAGCCGUAUUGGACUUUCGUCCGCGCUGCCAAGAAGGCGCUGGGCCCUCCGCGUGCCUGGAAUUUGGGCGCCACUGGCUUCGGGCGGAGGAUGCAGUUCUUUGUGGACGACGGGGUGUACCUGAACCGGCAAGCGAGCAACCUCGUGGGUCCAGCACCUCUGGUUUGUCUAGAAACUAGAUUUUUGCAAUAUUAUGGUUUUGGGGUGGUCUAG